GAGAAGAUAAAAAUUGAUUUUUUUUUUUUCAAAAUUGAUUUUUGUUGUCAACAGUCUGUUCUUAAAGUUUAAAGUAAGCUCUGAAACUUAAUUCUAGCCACAAGACUAGAGUGAUAGCGAUGACCUUGUCGUGAAAACUGAUGCCACACUGAAAAAGAAAAGAAAAGGAAAUCUAAACUCAAUGUUAAAAUAUUUGAACCUUCUCAAAGCUGAUUAUAUGUGUUUACCCAUAUUAUUCCAAUUAAUUAAGGACUUUUUUGUUAUUAAUGUUUUAUUACAAGAGUCAAGGGUCACAAUAACACAUGAUAAACUGUACAUAAUAGGAAUAACACAUCAUUGACAGAAAUAGACAAGAGUCAUAUGGACAUUACACAAUGAAUGUAAUAGCAAAACUUAAAACUAACAGUGUAACAAAAAUUUAAGAUAACAAAAAAAAAAUAAUUAAUAGGAUGGUGAAAUGUGUACAUCUGAAUGUUGUAGUUUACCACAACCUUUUAAAAAAACAUUGUUUUUAACAUUGUUUACACCAUUAAUAAGAAAUAAAGGUAUGUUUUAUUUUUAAGUUGUUAUUAAUUACUUGCGUACUUCGCAAAUAUGAAUUGCCAUCAUUUACUCUUUACAGGGAAGGACCGAGUCAUAUUUGUCACCAAGGAAGAACAUGAAAUUCCUAGCACUGUGAAACUGGAUGAGGAGAAUGCAAAUGAGGACCAUGAAGAAAAAGGUCUCAUCUUGCCAAGCGGUGAGAUAAAUUGGGACUGUCCGUGUUUGGGGGGGAUGGCAAGUGGAGUGUGUGGCGAGCAGUUUAAGACUGCAUUCACCUGCUUCCACUUUAGUCAAGAAGAGGUGAAGGGUUCAGACUGUCUGGAGCAGUUCAGCAGCAUGCAGGAGUGUUUUCGGCUUCAUCCUGAACUCUUCCCUCAGGAAGAUGAUCUUCAAAGUGCCAAUCCCGAAUCAAACGCCGAACAAAAAGACUCCUCUUCCAUCUCUGACUUCAGCACAAGCAAAGAGUCUGACCCUCUGCCCACUGACAUGAACAAUAUGCCUUCACAGCUGCCCGUAGCUAGUUAAAAUUGGAGAACAACUGAUUUCCAUCUCUAAUUCCACUUUUUUGUUUACUUUAUUAUAUUUAAAUAUGCUUUUAAGAUGAGACAUAAAGGAAACAGGGACACUGAAUAAAUGCAGAAAGUAACAAUAUAUGGACUAUAUAUUUUUCCAACAUAUUUUUUGAUGAAUGUGAUGUUCUAAAAAAUAUAAAGUGAUAUCUUAAAAAAUGGUGAGACAUCGAUGUUUUGUUAAACUCUCUCUGAUUGUGUGUUCUGAAAAAUAUCAACUACAUGUUUGUACAUUGUGUUUUUCUUUCUUUUCUUUUUUAUACUCCUUUAUUAUUUUUUUGUUCCUUUGAUCACCUUAAUCCAAGUGUAACUUGUAAAAGUGUGUGAUUUAAAGUCUACUGAGAUUUACUGUACUUGUGUGUAAAAUGUGAGAUCAUAUUUUCAUAAAGUUAUAAACUCAUAAAUUUUAUAUUGUUUGGCCAUUUUAGUAUACAUGUAUAUAAUUGUGUGCUGCUUUAGUCAAACAGUAUCGAAGUAAUUUAAAUGAGGUUAAUAAAUCACCUUUCACACUGGGUCCAAAAGUUUGAGUUUACAUAAAAAGUUUAAAUUUAAAAUCUUUGAUUUAAACAUACUGUCUAACAUCUGUAUUCUACAUGAGAUAUUAAAUAAAGUCAUACAGAUUUGGAACGA